CAACGUCAAUCUGGCCCGGCGACGCGGAGACAGUCACAGUAGCCAACGAGUUCCUGCCACAUCACAGGCUCCGCCCUCCAGCUUGCUGCGGACUCCGUCAGCGUCGCUGACCCGGAUCUAAAGGCGCUACGCGGCGCUAUAUUCUGGCGUCACUUCCACUACAACGAUGGCGGCACAGGGAGCAGCUGCGGCGGUUGCGGCGGCGACUUCAGGGGUCGCGGGGGAGGGCGAGCCCGGACCCGGGGAGAAUGCGGCGGUCGAGGGGACCGCUCCGUCCCCAGGCCGCAUCUCUCCGCCGACCCCGGCGCGCGGCGAGCCGGAAGUCACCGUGGAGAUCGGAGAAACAUACCUGUGCCGGCGGCCGGAUAGCACCUGGCAUUCUGCUGAAGUGAUCCAGUCUCGAGUGAAUGAUCAAGAGGGCCGAGAGGAAUUCUAUGUACACUACGUGGGCUUUAACCGGAGAUUGGAUGAAUGGGUCGACAAGAACCGACUGGCGCUGACCAAAACAGUGAAAGAUGCUGUGCAGAAGAACUCAGAGAAGUACCUGAGCGAGCUGGCCGAGCAGCCGGAGCGCAAGAUCACUCGCAACCAAAAACGAAAGCAUGAUGAGAUCAACCACGUGCAGAAGACCUAUGCAGAGAUGGACCCCACAACAGCAGCUUUGGAGAAGGAACAUGAGGCGAUCACCAAGGUGAAGUACGUGGACAAGAUCCACAUUGGGAACUACGAAAUUGACGCCUGGUACUUCUCCCCAUUCCCCGAAGACUAUGGGAAACAGCCCAAGCUCUGGCUCUGCGAGUACUGUCUCAAGUAUAUGAAAUACGAGAAGAGCUACCGCUUCCACUUGGGCCAGUGCCAGUGGCGGCAACCCCCGGGAAAGGAGAUCUACCGCAAGAGCAACAUCUCUGUGUAUGAAGUGGAUGGCAAAGACCACAAGAUUUACUGUCAGAACCUGUGUCUGCUGGCCAAGCUCUUUCUGGACCACAAGACGCUGUACUUUGAUGUGGAGCCGUUCGUCUUUUACAUCUUGACCGAGGUGGACAGGCAGGGGGCCCACAUUGUCGGCUACUUCUCAAAGGAGAAGGAGUCCCCAGAUGGGAACAACGUGGCCUGCAUCCUGACGCUGCCCCCCUACCAGCGCCGUGGCUAUGGGAAGUUCCUCAUUGCUUUCAGCUAUGAGCUCUCGAAGCUGGAGAGCACGGUCGGCUCCCCUGAGAAGCCACUGUCUGACCUGGGCAAGCUCAGCUACCGAAGCUACUGGUCCUGGGUCCUACUGGAGAUCCUGCGAGACUUCCGGGGCACCCUGUCCAUCAAGGACCUUAGUCAGAUGACGAGCAUCACUCAGAACGACAUCAUCAGCACUCUCCAGUCCCUCAACAUGGUCAAGUACUGGAAGGGCCAGCACGUGAUCUGUGUCACGCCCAAGCUGGUGGAGGAACACCUCAAAAGCGCGCAGUAUAAGAAACCACCCAUCACAGUGGACUCUGUCUGCCUCAAGUGGGCACCCCCCAAGCACAAGCAAGUCAAACUCUCCAAGAAGUGAGUGGCCUGUGCCUCUGCUCCUGGACCCACGCCUCCUGCUCCCCAGCCUGUAAAUAUGUACAGACCUGUUUCAUCACUUUUUUAAAUAAAGUGCUGCUGUUGUCCCAGA